AUGGAGGAGGACGGCGGCCCCGGCUGCGCGCAGGGGCCGGGCGCGGGCGCUGGGAAUAAGGAGCGGGUGGUGCUGAUGUGGGGGUACCUGCCCGGCGUGUCGCCGCAGCGCUCGCCGCUGCUCGGGCCGGUCCCCGUGAGGUUGCCCCCGUCGGCGGCGGCGGCCGCCGGUGAUGGGUGGAGAGACGUGUGCGGCGGCGGGUGCGGCUUCGCUAUGGCCAUCUCUGGUGACGUAUCCUGUUCUCUUCCUCAUUGUUCCCGUGCUGAUUCUCUGCUACCUUUCAGUUCGUUGGUUCUUCGCGUGGGAUGCGAGUCUGGAAAACUCCUCACUUGGGGUUCUGCUGAUGACAUGGGCCAAAGUUAUGUGACUGCUGGGAAGCACGAGGAGACUCCAGAGGCUUUUCCUCUUCCUAGUGGCGUCGCAAUAAUGCGGGCAGAUGCGGGAUGGGCUCACUGUGUUGCAGUAACAGAUGAAGGUGAUGUUUAUACAUGGGGUUGGAAAGAAUGUGUUCCAACUGGAAGGAUUAUUGGAGACCAAUCAUCAGUUGGAACCAUGGAGAAGGAUGAAAGACAAAUGGCAAUGGCCACUGACCAAGUGAGCCCCAGGUCGCAGGUGUCUAGGACAAGCAGCGGAGCAGCAUCUGGUCCUUCUGAAAGCAGAGGCACUGAUGAUAGCACAAAGCGACGAAGGUUGUCUUCAGCAAAACAUGGACCUGAGAGCUCGACAUCCAGUGAUGAAAGUCUUUCAGCACCCCCUUGUGUUGUGACAUUUAAUACAGGAGUGAAAAUAGUGGCUGUAGCUGCUGGUGGUCGUCAUACAUUAGCACUAUCAGAUUUAGGUCAGGUGUGGGGUUGGGGAUAUGGAGGAGAAGGGCAACUAGGUCUUGGUUCUAGGAUCCGAACGGUUUCUUCUCCCCAUCCUGUACCGUGCAUUGAAUCAGCACUAUACAGCAAGGAUCGGCUAUCAGCUAUGAAAGGUAACAAGGCUGCUGAAGGACAUGUCAGUAAAGUCUUGGGAAAUUGCGUGAGGGCCAUUGCUUGUGGAGGUCGUCACAGUGCUGUAGUAACAGAUUCAGGAGCUCUUCUUACAUUUGGAUGGGGGCUGUAUGGACAGUGUGGACAAGGGAAUACAGAUGAUGUUCUAAGUCCGACGUGUGUAUCGUCUAUCCUGGGAAUCAAGAUGCAAGACGUUGCCGCAGGUUUGUGGCACACUGUAUGUACAUCUGUAGAUGGUGAUGUGUAUUCGUUUGGAGGAAACCAGUUUGGGCAGCUUGGCACUGGUUCUGAUCAAGCUGAGACUGUUCCAAAAUUGGUAGAUGCUACAAGCCUGGAGAAUAAGAAUGCCAGAUCUGUUUCUUGUGGAGCUCGCCAUAGUGCUAUCAUAACAGAUGAAGGCGAGGUAUUCUGCUGGGGAUGGAACAAGUAUGGCCAGCUUGGUCUUGGCGACUCAAUGGACAGGAACGUGCCUUGCAGUGUUCCUGUGGACGCUUACCACCCGCUAAACGUGUCUUGUGGCUGGUGGCACACCUUGGUGCUCGCAGAGUCGCCUACUUGA